AUGCAGACCGACCGUACGGAGCCACUUCUCUCCCAGAGAGAAGAAAACCAAACCCCAUUUAACCAGCCCCAAGUGCAAGAUUACCUUGUGAGAUCAUCAAACCUUUCUUUUUCUUCAUCCUUCGUAGCAGAUGCCGACGACAUCCCUCCGGUCACUGGAGUUCGAGAUUUCUUCAAAGAAUUCUGUGUCGAGUCCAGAAAACUCUGGUACCUCGCUGGUCCAGCCAUUUUCACAUCCCUUUGCCAGUACUCUCUCGGCGCCAUCACUCAAACCUUCACCGGCCAUGUGGGUACCCUUGAGCUCGAUGCCUUCUCUGUAGAAAACUGCGUCAUCGCCGGCUUCUCCUUCGGCGUCAUGCUUGGCAUGGGAAGCGCAUUGGAGACGCUGUGUGGACAAGCCCAAGGAGCAGGACAGUUUGAUAUGCUUGGGAUAUACAUGCAGAGAUCAUGGGUUGUUCUCAACAGCACAGCUUUCAUACUCACGUUUUUCUACAUCUUCGCAACGCCAUUAUUAAAGCUGAUCGGCCAGCCGGAGGAGAUAUCGAAUGCGGCGGGGAAGGUGGCUGUGUGGAUGAUACCACAGCUCUAUGCUUAUGCGAUGAAUUUUCCGAUUUCCAAGUUUCUACAGGCGCAGAGCAAGAUCAUGGCUAUGGCAUGGAUAUCGGCGGUGGUGUUGGUGGUGCACACUUUGUUCAGCUGGUUGUUGAUGCUGAAAUUGGGGUGGGGACUGGUGGGAGGAGCGGUGGUGCUGAAUGCGUCGUGGUGGUUCAUUGUGGUGGCGCAGCUGGUCUAUAUCUUUAGUGGGGCUUGUGGUCGAGCUUGGUCUGGGUUUUCAUGGAAGGCCUUUCACAGUCUUUGGGGAUUCGUUAAGUUAUCCCUCGCAUCAGCUGUGAUGCUUUGCUUAGAAAUAUGGUAUUUGAUGGCAUUACUCCUUUUUGCUGGAUAUUUGAAGAAUGCAGAAGUAGCAGUCGCUGCCUUGUCCAUAUGCAUGAACAUAGAGGGCUGGGCAGUGAUGGUAGCCAUUGGAUGCAAUGCAGCUAUAAGCGUAAGGGUAUCAAAUGAAUUGGGAGCAAUGCAUCCAAGAACAGCAAAAUUUUCAGUUGUGGUGGUGGUGAUAUUUUCAUUUUUUAUUGGUCUCGUCCUCUCCCUCAUUCUCAUCAUCUUCCGAAAGCUGUAUCCAUCCUUAUUUUCAGAAAGUACAGAAGUCAAAAACCUUGUAUACAAGCUCACGCCAUUGCUAGCACUGUCCAUUGUCAUUAACAAUAUUCAGCCAGCUCUCUCUGGGGUGGCUAUUGGAGCAGGAUGGCAAGCUGUUGUUGCUUAUGUUAAUAUUGCAUGCUACUAUAUAUUUGGUAUUCCUUUGGGUCUUUUAAUGGGGUACAAGAUCAAUAUGGGUGUGACACCUACUUGUGUGUAUGCACUAGCAGAUCAUCAACUUUGCCCAUGGAAGCACAGCACAGGCAAAAAGCACAUGGCUUCUAUUGCUGGACAGCGAAUCCGACAAUGGGGAGGAGAGCCAGAUGCUAAAUAG